CCUCUUUGCCCUCCAGUAUCACUUAAUAUGUUGCACGCACUCAAUGUUACAUUAACCCUAUCUAAUCCUUUUGACGCAUGCAUCUGGGCAAUGGUGAGCUGUGCCUUGUUUGGUAUGAUGUGUUUUGGUGAGGUAACCAUAAACUCAAGAUUGGACUUCAAGCCCACAAAG